AUACCUUUUCACACUUCCCACUUCUCCACUAUCUCAUCUCUCCAAUUCUCUCCUCUUCUGCAAAUCUCACUCUCUCUCUCUCUCUCUCUUUCUCUGUGCAGAAAAAGGUAGAAAAAGAAGAGCUUAAGAAUGGCUGGAUACAGAGCUGAUGACGACUACGACUAUCUCUUCAAGGUGGUGCUGAUUGGAGAUUCAGGUGUCGGCAAGUCCAAUCUGCUCUCCAGGUUCACCAAGAACGAGUUCAAUCUCGAGUCCAAGUCCACCAUUGGGGUUGAGUUCGCUACCAGGACUUUAAACGUUGAUGGGAAAGUCAUCAAAGCUCAGAUUUGGGACACUGCUGGUCAAGAAAGGUACCGAGCCAUUACUAGCGCUUACUACCGUGGGGCGGUGGGAGCGCUUCUUGUGUAUGAUGUCACUCGUCAUGCAACAUUUGAGAAUGUUGACAGAUGGCUGAAAGAAUUGAGGAACCACACAGAUUCCAACAUCGUUGUGAUGCUCGUGGGAAACAAAUCAGAUCUUCGCCACCUAGUGGCCGUCUCAACCGAAGACGGAAAAUCUUACGCAGAGAAAGAGUCACUCUACUUCAUGGAAACUUCAGCACUGGAAGCAACAAAUGUUGAAAAUGCUUUUGCAGAAGUCCUGACUCAAAUAUACCACAUUGUGAGCAAGAAGGCAGUUGAGGGUGGAGAAAAUGGAACAGACACUUCUGUUCCAGGCAAAGGAGAGAAAAUCAAUAUAAAAGAUGAUGUGUCUGCUUUGAAGAGAGUUGGGUGCUGCUCAAGCUAGGCUUGGGAGAAGAGACCCCCCAAGACUAAGAUUUAAAUCAGUUAUUAGUUACUUUAUUGUGUCCGUACAACAUUUCAGAGAGGAAUAUUAGUUAGAGAAGAAAAACCAUAAAGGCAAGUUUCUAGAGAUAUUGAUCCACUAUACAGGAUGAUAUCAGAAAAAGCAUAAUAUAACAAUUAAAUCCCAUCUGUGAUUUUUAUUUGAUUUUUUUCCCUAUCUUCUUUUGCAAUGUGUAAUUUUGAGAAAUAUCUUUCUUCUAUCAUCGUAUUCACCAA